AUGGGGACGCGCCGCGGCGUGAUGAUGGCGGCGAGAGCAGCGGUGGUGGCGCUGGUGGUGGCGCGCUGCUGCUUACCCCUCGCACGCGCUGCUCCCGUGGUGGACGCCGAGAACAGAGGUCCCUGCAAUGCCAUGGCAAUCAGCCAUGCUGUGCACCAUACCGCCCAGGGCGCAGCUGAGUCAGCAUCAUCCGUGACAGUAACCCGAUUCAGCAUGCAGCAUGAGGCCCGCACCAGCAACAACCGUCACUGCUGGUGGCACUGCCCCUCCUGCCGUGCCCACCUCCAUCCAUCCCUCUUCCCUCCCCCUUUUCCUCUCGCCCCUCCCCUGAGAAUGUUUCCAACAUGUGAUGCGGGAGGACCUGCGGCCUUGUGUGGUAUGGCAUGGGGGGAUGGCAUGGGGGGUAUCGUAUGGGUGCACGGCAUGGGUGCACGGCAUGGGUGCAUGGCAUGGGUGCAUGGCAUGGGUGCACGGCAUGGGUGCAUGGCAUGGGUGCAUGGCAUGGGUGCAUGGCAUGGGUGCAUGGCAUGGGUACUUGAUUUUACUUCAGUCCUUCCGCCCUCCCUGCCAUCCUUCUCCUCCCACAGCUUCAUCGUAGGGUGCAAGGGUAGCCUCGUCGGCCCCCUUCCCACGGCUCUCCUCGCAUUGUCCCAUCUCAAGACUCUGGAUAUGAGGGCGUGCUUUCAUCUCCCUCGCUCGCUCCCUCGCUCACUCCCCGAUACCCUAGGCAGCCUGUCCUCUCCCAUGGGCCUCAGCACCGCCUCUCACGGCAAUCUCAAAGCUUCCGUUCCGCAAGAGCUGGGCAAUCUGCAGCAGCUCACCCGCCUACAUUUGUCAAUGAACUUUUUUCUCGACUCACUACCAGAGCAGCUCUCCCAGCUGCAGAAGCUGCAGUCUCUGCACGUGUCGGAUCAUCACCUGUCUGGGGAGCUGCCUGCGUGGAUCUUCAGCCUCACAGACUUGACUUCACUGUGCGUGCUGCCAUGCACCAUCUGCCAUGCACCAUCUGCUAUGCACCAUCUGCCAUGCACCAUCUGCCAUGCACCAUCUGCUAUGCACCAUCUGCCAUGCACCAUCUGCCAUGCACCAUCUGCAUGCACCAUCUGCUAUGCACCAUCUGCUAUGCACCAUCUGCCAUGCACCAUCUGCUAUGCACCAUCUGCCAUGCACCAUCUGCCAUGCACCAUCUGCUAUGCACCAUCUGCCAUGCACCAUCGGCUAUGCACCAUCUGCCAUGCACCAUCUGCUAUGCACCAUCUGCCAUGCACCAUCUGCUAUGCACCAUCUGCUAUGCACCAUCUGCCAUGCACCAUCUGCCAUGCACCAUCUGCUAUGCACCAUCUGCUAUGCACCAUCUGCUAUGCACCAUCUGCUAUGCACCAUCUGCUAUGCACCAUCUGCCAUGCACCAUCUGCCAUGCACCAUCUGCUAUGCACCAUCUGCCAUGCACCAUCUGCCAUGCACCAUCUGCUAUGCACCAUCUGCUAUGCACCAUCUGCUAUGCACCAUCUGCUAUGCACCAUCUGCCAUGCACCAUCUGCUAUGCACCAUCUGCCAUGCACCAUCUGCCAUGCACCAUCUGCUAUGCACCAUCUGCCAUGCACCAUCUGCCAUGCACCAUCUGCUAUGCACCAUCUGCUAUGCACCAUCUGCCAUGCACCAUCUGCCAUGCACCAUCUGCUAUGCACCAUCUGCUAUGCACCAUCUGCUAUGCACCAUCUGCUAUGCACCAUCUGCUAUGCACCAUCUGCUAUGCACCAUCUGCCAUGCACCAUCUGCCAUGCACCAUCUGCUAUGCACCAUCUGCCAUGCACCAUCUGCUAUGCACCAUCUGCUAUGCACCAUCUGCCAUGCACCAUCUGCCAUGCACCAUCUGCUAUGCACCAUCUGCCAUGCACCAUCUGCCAUGCACCAUCUGCUAUGCACCAUCUGCUAUGCACCAUCUGCUAUGCACCAUCUGCUAUGCACCAUCUGCUAUGCACCAUCUGCUAUGCACCAUCUGCUAUGCACCAUCUGCUAUGCACCAUCUGCUAUGCACCAUCUGCUAUGCACCAUCUGCUAUGCACCAUCUGCUAUGCACCAUCUGCUAUGCACCAUCUGCCAUGCACCAUCUGCCAUGCACCAUCUGCUAUGCACCAUCUGCCAUGCACCAUCUGCCAUGCACCAUCUGCUAUGCACCAUCUGCUAUGCACCAUCUGCUAUGCACCAUCUGCUAUGCACCAUCUGCCAUGCACCAUCUGCUAUGCACCAUCUGCCAUGCACCAUCUGCCAUGCACCAUCUGCUAUGCACCAUCUGCCAUGCACCAUCUGCCAUGCACCAUCUGCUAUGCACCAUCUGCUAUGCACCAUCUGCCAUGCACCAUCUGCCAUGCACCAUCUGCUAUGCACCAUCUGCUAUGCACCAUCUGCUAUGCACCAUCUGCUAUGCACCAUCUGCUAUGCACCAUCUGCUAUGCACCAUCUGCCAUGCACCAUCUGCCAUGCACCAUCUGCUAUGCACCAUCUGCCAUGCACCAUCUGCUAUGCACCAUCUGCUAUGCACCAUCUGCCAUGCACCAUCUGCCAUGCACCAUCUGCUAUGCACCAUCUGCCAUGCACCAUCUGCCAUGCACCAUCUGCUAUGCACCAUCUGCUAUGCACCAUCUGCUAUGCACCAUCUGCUAUGCACCAUCUGCUAUGCACCAUCUGCUAUGCACCAUCUGCUAUGCACCAUCUGCUAUGCACCAUCUGCUAUGCACCAUCUGCUAUGCACCAUCUGCUAUGCACCAUCUGCUAUGCACCAUCUGCUAUGCACCAUCUGCUAUGCACCAUCUGCUAUGCACCAUCUGCUAUGCACCAUCUGCUAUGCACCAUCUGCUAUGCACCAUCUGCUAUGCACCAUCUGCCAUGCACCAUCUGCUAUGCACCAUCUGCUAUGCACCAUCUGCUAUGCACCAUCUGCUAUGCACCAUCUGCUAUGCACCAUCUGCUGUGCACCAUCUGCUGUGCACCAUCUGCUGUGCACCAUCUGCUAUGCACCAUCUGCUAUGCACCAUCUGCUAUGCACCAUCUGCUAUGCACCAUCUGCUAUGCACCAUCUGCUAUGCACCAUCUGCUAUGCACCAUCUGCUAUGCACCAUCUGCUAUGCACCAUCUGCUAUGCACCAUCUGCUAUGCACCAUCUGCUAUGCACCAUCUGCUAUGCACCAUCUGCUAUGCACCAUCUGCUAUGCACCAUCUGCUAUGCACCAUCUGCUAUGCACCAUCUGCUAUGCACCAUCUGCUAUGCACCAUCUGCUAUGCACCAUCUGCUAUGCACCAUCUGCUAUGCACCAUCUGCUAUGCACCAUCUGCUAUGCACCAUCUGCUAUGCACCAUCUGCUAUGCACCAUCUGCUAUGCACCAUCUGCUAUGCACCAUCUGCUAUGCACCAUCUGCUAUGCACCAUCUGCUAUGCACCAUCUGCUAUGCACCAUCUGCUAUGCACCAUCUGCUAUGCACCAUCUGCUAUGCACCAUCUGCUAUGCACCAUCUGCUAUGCACCAUCUGCUAUGCACCAUCUGCUAUGCACCAUCUGCUAUGCACCAUCUGCUAUGCACCAUCUGCUAUGCACCAUCUGCUAUGCACCAUCUGCUAUGCACCAUCUGCUAUGCACCAUCUGCUAUGCACCAUCUGCUAUGCACCAUCUGCUAUGCACCAUCUGCUAUGCACCAUCUGCUAUGCACCAUCUGCUAUGCACCAUCUGCUAUGCACCAUCUGCUAUGCACCAUCUGCUAUGCACCAUCUGCUAUGCACCAUCUGCUAUGCACCAUCUGCUAUGCACCAUCUGCUAUGCACCAUCUGCUAUGCACCAUCUGCUAUGCACCAUCUGCUAUGCACCAUCUGCUAUGCACCAUCUGCUAUGCACCAUCUGCUAUGCACCAUCUGCUAUGCACCAUCUGCUAUGCACCAUCUGCUAUGCACCAUCUGCUAUGCACCAUCUGCUAUGCACCAUCUGCCAUGCACCAUCUGCUAUGCACCAUCUGCUAUGCACCAUCUGCUAUGCACCAUCUGCUAUGCACCAUCUGCUAUGCACCAUCUGCUAUGCACCAUCUGCUAUGCACCAUCUGCUAUGCACCAUCUGCUAUGCACCAUCUGCUAUGCACCAUCUGCUAUGCACCAUCUGCUAUGCACCAUCUGCUAUGCACCAUCUGCUAUGCACCAUCUGCUAUGCACCAUCUGCUAUGCACCAUCUGCUAUGCACCAUCUGCUAUGCACCAUCUGCUAUGCACCAUCUGCUAUGCACCAUCUGCUAUGCACCAUCUGCUAUGCACCAUCUGCUAUGCACCAUCUGCUAUGCACCAUCUGCUAUGCACCAUCUGCUAUGCACCAUCUGCUAUGCACCAUCUGCUAUGCACCAUCUGCUAUGCACCAUCUGCUAUGCACCAUCUGCUAUGCACCACCUCCCAUCGAACAUCCUUUUCAUCUUUCCGCUUCUAUUCUCUCCUCUUCCCAUACCUUCCCUUCCUGCAUCCCCUCUCUAAUAUGUCCCCUCCCCUUUCUGCGCUUCCCUUCUCCCGUUUCCGCCCCCAUCCAUCUCAAUGCACCAGGACUAUUAAGGACAACCACUUUUCAGAAUCCAUUCCAGAGGCAAUCAGCAGCCUCAAGCAGCUAAGGGAGUUGUGA